GUCUCUUCCAGGACUUUAUUAUAGACGUUCGGACAAAAAAUACAGCUGAUUCUGUUGAGAGGCGCGCUUGAACCUUUUCAUCGUUAUUACAUCUUAUUUGUACUGGACCACAAACUUGAGAGAUUUGAGCACAAUGAAUGAUCUGAUGCACCCCAGUUUCGUGAAGGAGAGGACAAGGCACAAGAAGAAGAGGCUGGUGCAAAGUCCCAACUCCUACUUCAUGGAUGUUAAAUGCGUAGGCUGCUACAAGAUCACCACCGUCUUCAGCCAUGCGCAGACAGCUGUACCCUGUGCCGGCUGCUCUUUAAUCCUCUGCCAACCACGAGGGGGCAAAUGCAGACUAACUGCAGGUUGUGCCUUCAGAAGAAAAAAAUCCUGAGCAGAAAUCUGCCAAAACACUGUCAACAGGCAGCAGUGUGGACCAUGGACAAAGGAGUCUGGACCUCACACUCCAUUAUUUUAAAUGUGGCAGAUCCUUAGUGGAGAAAUCACCUUUAUCUGUAUGGUAUCCUAAUCAUGUGGAAUGAAACUUCAUCCCUCCCUUGUGGGGUUUAAUAUGACAGAGGGUCCAUUCAAGAUCAGCUUAAAUCAUAAAAAUGAAGACAUUCUUAUGUGCUGAGAUAGAAUUGGAUGUGUAUUAGACUUUAGGGGAGCAGAAGUACUUACCAUUGAAUAGUUUUGACUACUUGAGCUGACAAAGUGAAAUAUGUUUCGUAAUCAUCAAAAUGCACAAAAAGUCCCAUGAGUCACGAUUUCUGUAAAACAUUUAUUAGGUUGACAAAGAGGGGGUGGUGGUGAAUGAAAUAUUUCAAAAUGGUCUCAAUCACAUGAGCGGUGCUUUUCAAGGCCCUGACUUGAGAUGAAACCACACUGACCAUCACAAACAAAAAUAAAAACAAUUGAAGAAUUUA